AUGGAGAAACGACAGUUGGAACACACUAUUGACAUCCCUCCAGCCAAAGCUCGCCGCACUACACGCGCGUGUUUGCAAUGCCGCGCCCGUAAGCAGCGCUGUUCGCCCGAGCCAGAUGGGCCCCAAGCACCUUGUCGGCGGUGCAGGCAGCAGGCCAUCACCUGCUCCUUCCAGAACCAGAGAGUGGUGACAUUCGAAGAGGAGCCGGGCCCAUCGCGUAUGGCCCAGUUGGUUGUAGAGCUCCAUCACCAGAUCAAUCAGCAUGAAGCCCGAAUCGCGCAGCUUGAGAAGCAAGCGCAAAACACAGAUGCACCUUCCAAAAUCUAUCUUCAGGUACCAGCAGAGACUCCCAACCGUCCGCCCCUGACAGCCACCCCAUCGCAUUCCCCCGGCUUUAGUAUGGAUGGCAUCGACUUGGGGCCUCCCAUUGCUACCUUGCGCUCUCUGGGAGCAUUGGCCAAGAAUGACACCCACUCUGGCUUCGAUCCCGUCGCGCGUGGCAUUAUCUCUAUGGAAGACGCACAAAGUGCAAUAACCCUAUUCUUCGACCAUUGCCAUCCCUGGGCCCCGUUUCUAGGGGAUGAUAUACGCCAUUCAUGGCAAGAUCUGCGACGGACAACCCCGGUGCUUUUUCUAGCUAUUUGCUCCGUGGGGAUGCGUUUCCAAAACUCUGAUCCGACACAGAAUUCUUCCCUCACUGCGCUUCUUGAUCACGCCGUAUCCAGGCUUUUGUUGCGCCCCACACUGUCUGAUGUGACCCUGGACUCCAUUCGUGUGCUCCUUCUCUAUGCGCAAUGGAUGCCGUAUACGGUUGAUGAUGAUCACGCGCCAAAAAGCCGGUACAAUGAAAUCAGUGCCUGGGCCGUUCUAGGCCUCGCAGUGCGCUACGCUCUUUUCAUUGGGUUGGACCAAAGAGCCCUCCAGCCAUUUGCCCAGAGCUCUACUGCGGCAGUGUCAGCUGAUGAAGUCGCCCGUUUGCGCGUUUGGUACAAUCUGCUCACAUGUGAUUUCAACCUAAUGUUAACCUCCGGGUUGCCCGCGUCCCUAGAUCCGACAAUCUCUGGGCAGCUUGCGCCACGGUUUGGGGUCCAUCGCUUGGCCCACCAACCGGCUGACCUGCGAGUUUCCGGGCUUGUCGAGCUCGUCGCAGUGGUGCACCGAACGAUGCGAUGCUAUGGCGACGUGUCUGGGCGGCAAAUAAAUGUGAAAGGGCUGCAGCAACUGAACGCGGCAUUUGAUGAGUGGGAGAAGUUGUGGGUGGAACGUCUCGCACGUACACCAUCGCAGCAUAACCAGCUACCCUUUACGUCUGUGAGGUGGUAUCGGCUGGCCUUGAAUAGCGCUGCUUUGGCGCCCCUUUUGUCCACAUCACGUCCCCCAGCCUCAUCCCUUUCUUCAUUGGCCCCCAUGCUUGCGACAAGCCUGACAGCAGCGGGACAAAUUUUAUUGUCGCUGUCUAGCAAUGCAGCGGACUAUAUAUGGCGACUAGAUCUACCAGACUGCGCAAGUCUCCCGGAAGGUGAACUCGAAGUGGAUCCGGCUGCUGUCCAGCGCCUCCGCUAUGCGGUGGACUCGACGUGGAUCUCGCAUACUUUUGCAGUCACCUUUCUGGUUCUUUGCUACAUCCGCAGUGUAAUUGACGGUGACAUGCAAGUUUGCACAAUCGGUCAACCGAUGCUGCCUCCAUCCCCCGGAUCGAUCAUCUCCCGCCUCCUGCGACUGGCACGCGACCUCUUCGAUGCCGUCUGCUCAUCAUCUACUUUCCACCCCGCACGCGAGUUUCGCACCAUCGUCCAAAACGCAACGGCCCUGGUACUAGCAUCCACCGGACAUGAAGGGCCAAUAGUCGAUGAACUCGCCCUGCAGUCCGUGCUGGAUCAAAUGAACGAAGCAGGGUUUGAAUGGCCCGGGACACUUAUGGACCCUGGGGACUUUUGGGAUAUCGACAUCAACCUCUACAAGAAUUGAUCAGAGCUUGGCGCGUGCCAUACGGAAUUGACGGAUCCUAUAUCACCUAAAAUCAGCAAUCCCAUAGACCUAAUACCGCGAACAAUGAUACACACCUUUCCUCUGUGGCCUCCUCAAAGAGCACAUCUUGCGCCCCCUUCCACAACACCAACUCUCCCAAUGCCCUUAGAUUUUCCUGACCCUCGAUCACGGUCAAAAAAUGGUUCGCCGCCAGCGCCCCCAUUUUGCUCGCGAACGCAACCCCCCCGUAGCAAAACAAUAUCUCCGUCUCGGAUAUACCCCCAGGAUACAGCAGGAUUUGCCCCGCCCCGGGAUGCGCCGUGUGAUUCUCCCAUGGAAGACCAAAAUCCGUCUCUCCCAAUGGCAC